UUAAAGUUUUGUUGUUUUUGCCCCCAACGGUCUUCUAGACGUUCCACGAUGAACUGCGCACAAGACGCAGAUCUGAAACCGAAUAUCCUCGCUACGAGUGAUUCUGCAUCAUGCACAGGCUGGCCGUCAGACACGUCCGAAGCACCAAAGCGCAAGCGCGAGGUCACAGAGGAUGGAUCCAAAGACAGCCACAAGAAGGUGAAACACGAGAUGCGCGAAGAGCGCGAAGAGCGGCGACGGGUGUGGUUCUACAGCCACCGCGACGAGUAUCUUCCUUUGCUGCCGCCGAACCCACACGCGCAAUCGUACUUCAGCAAACUGCAGCAGGAGAUGGGAAGUAAACGCGUCGUCGCGCCGCAGAUACGCCAGUUCGACACCCAGCCUGUUCCGGUCGAGGGCGGGCAGAUGAAGGCGUACCAGCUCAGAGGCUUGUCGUUCUUAGCGCACAUGUAUGAGAAUGGUGCGUCAAUUGUAUUUUGGGAGAUGAGCAGAAUGGGCCUCGGCAAGACCUUGCAAACGCUUUCCCUUUUCGCGCACAUCAAGCAGUCGUCAGCCACGCUUCUGACCCAUCUCAUCAUAUGUCCGCUGUCCGUCGUCGCGUCCUGGGAGUCGGAGUGCAAGCGCUGGGUUCCGUCGAUGAACGCAGUGCUCAUUCACGGAUCCUCCGAGGAACGCCAACGGCGGCGAGUGCUGCUCCGUACCGACCCGGCCGAUAUCGUGAUUACGACAUACGAGACGGCAUGUUCCUCAGAGAUGAAGUGGCUCAAGACCCAAGGCUGGGCCUGCGUGGUUUUGGACGAAGGCCAUCGCAUCAAGAACUCGGAGACAGAGGUAGCGGCGAGUGUGUCUGGGAUCGGAAGCAUGUGGCGAUUGAUCUUGACCGGCACGCCUAUCCAAAACAACCUUCUGGAGCUCUGGGGUCUGCUGCACUGGCUGUACCCAACGAUAUUCACGAUCACGACGCGUCAGCGAUUCAUCGACUCGUUCGAUUUGCAGCACGGAAAAUACGCGCUGCCGUUCAUCGACGCUGUCCGCCGCCUAUUAGAAAUCAUUCAGUUGCGUCGGACGAAAGGGUCAUUGACGAAUACGGGGGAACUUGCCGGUGUUCCGCCCAGAGAGGAACAUACCGUGUUUCUGCCCUUCACCGAAGCACAGCGGUUUUGGACGUACCGGCUUCUCACCCGCCUCGACCAGAUUGAUCUGACGACGCUGUUUCCGGCAAUGAAAGAGAACAUCCCGGAUGAAGGGCGCAGCCAGGUGUUGCACGAUUUGAGGGAGCGGGCAAAGGGGUCGCAGGUCAACCAAUGGAAGAAGUUUUCCAUCCUGCUGAUGCAAUUGCGCCGGAUCUGCGACCAUCCGUAUAUGCUCUCUGACGCGAUGCCUGAAACUUACGACAUCAGAGAGCACAUCGUUGCUGCAUCUUCAAAGCUCAUCUUUAUCGACAAGAUUCUCAAGCGUGCCUUUGCUAACGAUGAGCGAGCUCUGAUAUUCUCGCAAUGGACGGACAUGCUGGACUUGCUGGAAGACUUUAUGACCUUGCGAGGCAUCCAGUAUCUCCGCCUCGACGGCUCCACGCCUCGUGCAAAGCGUAGCUUGGUGAUUGACCUGUUUCAGAGAGAGGGCUCCCAAUUCAAGGUGUUCCUCAUCUCAACCAAGGCUGGCGGGCUGGGUAUCAAUCUGACCAAAGCCACGGUGUGCAUCAUGUGCGACUCUGACUGGAAUCCGCAGAGCGACCUACAAGCCAUCGCGCGGUGUCAUCGAAUUGGACAAACCAAGGUCGUGAAGGUCUACCGUCUGAUAUGCCGCGCCAGCGUGGAAGACCAGAUGCUCGAUCGUCUGCGCCGGAAGAUGUUUCUCGCUGCGAAGAUCAUGGGCGGAGAAUCAGGCGAUGAUGACAGCAAACGGGGACCGGGGGGAAGCGAAUUGCUGUCCAUUCUCAGGCGCGGGAGCAGUGCCCUGACGAGGACAGAUGAUGGAAUGGACCUGGAGCGGUUCCGCGAAGCCACGGUCGAAGAGAUUAUCGAAGCGUCACAUGUCCGAGCCCAGGUCAGCGACGCGCGGGUCAAGAAAGACCUGAAGAUGGAACUCGAGGAGGAAGAGGAGGGUUUGUUGCAGGGCGUCGAAGACGAAGAACGCGAGCUGCUGAGCGGAGUGGCCAGAGUGCAGAGUUACCUCUUCGAGGGUUCACUCCUCUCUCGCACCAAGGAGAUGCAGGAUCAACCGGUGGAGAUGGCUGCGAAGCGCCAGCACACAAGCAAACUCGUGACCUUCGGAGGAAUGUCUUUUGUUCUAGACGACGCGACCAUCGAGACUGUCAACGGCACAGCCGAGCCAGCCGUAGGCAAGAAGGAAGCGGGCUCCAAGUUCGACUCGGAAGAUUGGUGCAUUAACUGCCGCGACGGCGGGGAGCUAUUUAUGUGCAACUGUUGCCCGAGAGUCUUUCACAGAAACUGCCACCCUACACUUUCUGGCGCGGCCGUCAAGAAAGCGACCGCCCUUGUCUGUGGCCAGCAUGUGUGUCGCCACUGUCAGCGGAACACAACCGCUGCUGGGGGCUUGUUGCUGCGCUGCCAGACUUGCCCGUUUGCUUACUGCAUAGAUUGCAUCUCGUUGGAUGAUGUUGAGCUUGUGGGAGAUACAAUCCCGGCGUUUGUGCUGUGUCGCUUUGGCGCGAGAGAUAGCGUGUUCUACAUCCGAUGCUCCGACUGCGUUGUCGCGGCGAAAGAAAACCCUGCGUGGGAACAGGAUUGGCAGAAAGAGAUUGAGGAAUCGCGCCGUUCGGUGGCACUAAUGUAAUUUUAUCUUCCUAGUUCUAUCCACAUAUACCCUGAAUAGAUCUUAUCUUGCACUUCAC